AAACAGAUGUUUGCCAUAUUCAACAAAUCUGGGAUCUUUAUUGCUGCAUGCCACCAUAGGUUUGUCCUUCUCACUUGUGAUAUGUCUAGCACUAAAUAUCAUUUGGCCAUAAUUGAGCACCUGCUAACAGUUUAUAGGCAAAAUGGUGCCCACACAUACAACAUUGGCUGUGCAUUUGCCAAGACACUGGCAAAUAGUACAUUAGGACAACAUGCUAGUUCCCUCAACUUGCAGAUGAUGGUAGGAGCAUUUCAUGGCCACACCCAUAAUCAACAAUGCCAGUUAGACUGCCAUCCUAUGUAUAUUGAAGGCACUGGACAUACAGAAGGUGAGGGAUGCAAACAUGUAUUUUCCUCAUCAAACAAGCUUGCACAAAGCACUUGCCACACUAAC